GCAACAGGUGCGAGCAUUAUCGCACGAACCCUGAGAAACUUAGGUGUGACUGUCGUCUUUGGCGUCGUCGGCGGACCUGUGUUGGACAUCGCUGAGCAGGCUAUUAAUAUCGGCAUUCGAUUCAUUGGCUUCCGAAAUGAGCAAGCAGCUAGCUAUGCUGCGACGGCGUAUGGGUAUCUUACCGGCAGACCGGGCGUUUGUUUGGUUGUUGGUGGACCUGGAGUCUUGCACGCUAUCGCUGGCGUCGGCAAUGCAAGCGCGAACAACUUUCCGCUACUUCUACUCGGUGGAUCCAUCGAAACGCAUCUUGCUACGAAAGGAGCUUUCCAAGAGAUGGAUUCCAUCACACUCCUUUCUCCGCACACCAAGAUCUCACCGAGGCCGUCGAAUGUUGAUAUGUUACCCUCCACUAUCACCGAGGUCUACCGUACUGCGUUCUAUGGUCGGCCAGGCCCGGCCUUCAUCGAUUUGCCAGUGGACCUCAUCAACGAUCCAAUCGAUCCGGAAGACAGCGAUGAUGUAAUUGAUAUACCCAAAAUCUCAAAAUCUCCGAUUUCAGCAGCCGAGGCAGGGAGAGUGUCGCAGGUGGUAGCACUGCUCAGAACCGCACAAGCACCUCUGAUCGUAAUCGGGAAAUGGGAUUCGGCCUCCCGUACGCAAUUGCAGCCUGGAAAGCAUAUAAUGCACCCAAUGCACAAGCCUCGUCCGGUCCGGCGCCUCGUAAGAAGAUUGUUACAAUUGAGGGGCGACUCUGCGUUUGGGUUCUCAGGGAUGGGAGUCGAGACUAUGGCGAGAUUAGGUAUGGACGUGCUCAUUUUUGUGAUUAAUAAUAGUGGGAUCUAUUUUGGCGAUUCAGAUUCAGCUGCGGACUUCGAGGCGAAAAGAGAAAAGACUGCAAAAGGUGAGCCGGGUUUGAGGGGUUGGGCGCUAGGGUGUGAGACGAGGUACGAGAAGCUUGCAGAGGCGUGCGGUGGGAUCGGAUAUUUUGUGCGAUCGCCUGAGGAUCUAGAGAAGGCGACUGUCGAAGGCUUCAAGGCGAAGGUUCCAGUAAUUGUGAAUGUGAUAAUCCAAAGCGGGAAGGUGGAGGAAUCGGUAAGUGCACACUCGUUACAGUUCUGA